AUGUCCUUCUCCGGACGUCGCGUGAGCAUUCUGCGCCCUUCCAACCGACGCUUCUCGGUGGGCAAGGAGCUGUCAAACAACGAACUCCAAUCCGAAACCCAUCGUCAAUUCCGAACCGCCCACGAAGGUCACCGUCCUCAUGCUGGUCUUGACGCCUCCCGUGCCUCCACUGGUGUCGUCUGGUGUACCGAACGUGCCUCCGAACACGGCUACUCAGAGGACCCUACUGGCUGGGCCAAUCUUGGCCAGGGUGCCCCCGAAGCCGACGAUGAGAUCGAAGGAAGCUUUCCCCGUCCCGAAACUAUCCCCAUCAGCUCCGCUGCUCGAGAAUACGGACCGACGGCCGGUAUCAAACCCCUCCGCGCCGCUGUCGCCCGCCUAUACAAUGAACACUACCGCCAGGGCAAAGAGAGUCAGUAUACAUGGGAGAAUGUGUGCAUCGUCCCCGGUGGACGUGCGGGUUUGAUUCGAAUUGCAGCCAUUCUCGGCAACUCAUACCUCUCGUUCCCCAUCCCCGAUUACUCUGCGUACUCGGAGAUGUUGAGUUUGUUCAAGAAUAUUGCUCCCAUCCCGAUGCCACUCGCGCAGGAAGAUCAUUACCACAUCCACCCUGAUAAGAUUGCGGAGGAAAUCGCUCGUGGAACGUCGGUUAUCCUGACUUCGAACCCGCGAAACCCUACCGGUCACUUCAUUUCCGGCGAGGAGCUGGCCAACAUCCAGGACAUCUGUCGAGACCGCGCGACUCUCAUCCUGGAUGAGUUUUAUGGUGGUUACAACUACACCACCGACUGCGACGGCACAACCAUUAGCGGUGCUGCAAACGUCAUCGACGUAAACAAGGAUGGUAUGGUGCUCCAAGGACCAUUGUUGAGAAAUACUGACGAAAUAGACGUUCUCCUAAUCGACGGCCUCACAAAGCGUUUCCGCCUGCCAGGCUGGCGUAUCGCCUGGGUCGUUGGUCCCAAGGAAUUCAUUGACGCCCUCGGCUCCGCAGGCUCCUACCUCGACGGUGGCGCCAACGCGCCCUUCCAAGAAGCCGCCAUCCCCAUGCUCGAGCCGUCUCUUGUGCACCAGGAGAUGAAGGCCCUGCAAAGUCACUUCCGCGAGAAGCGCGAUUUCGUCCUCAAGCGUCUGCACGAGAUCGGUUUCCGCGUCCAGGACGUCCCGCAAGCGACCUUCUACAUUUGGCUCGACCUGACCUCGCUUGACCCGCCGCUUCCCAAGGAGGCCAACAUCUCCGACGGUCUGAACUUCUUCAACGCCCUUCUCAGCGAGAAAGUCAUUGUUGUACCGGGUAUCUUCUUCGACCUGAACCCGGCUAAGAGACGUGAUCUUUUCGACAGCCCUUGCCACCACUUUGUCCGCUUGAGUUACGGGCCGAAGAUGGAUGUGCUGAAGAUGGGUCUUGAUGGUAUUGAGCGGGUCAUUCGUCGUGCUAGAGGGGAGCACUAUGAGCCUACGGCGAUGGACGAGGAGGCUAUUCAGGAUGAUUAG